AUGUCGAUCGAAGCGGAGUACCUCGUUCUCGGCGCCGGCCCAGCCGGUCUCGCAGCCGCCGGAUUCAUUGCGAAGGCGGGCUCCAGGGUGGCCGUCUUUGAGGGCCGAGCACGGCCUGAGAACGUCUUCGGCUCCUACCCGGUGGUGCUGAAUGCUCGGGGCCUCUCCGCUUUGGAGUCCCUCGAUCCGGCCAUCCUCGAGAAAACCAAAGAGACAGGGCUGGCAGUGAAAGAGCUGCACGUUGUGCCCGACAACAGGACCGUUGCUAAGAUUCCUACCUACGGUACCUGCAUCAUGCGAGACCAAGCCUCCCAGUUGCUUCUGGAAGCAGCAGAGAGCAACGAGAAGAUCUCUUUCUUCUGGGAGCACAAGCUCGUGAGCAUUGAUUUCCAGGCUCGCACCUGCACCUUCGAGCUUCCGGAUGGCUCGCAGAAGACGGCAGUCGCCGAGCGCCUGGUCGCAGCGGAUGGAAACCGCUCGAAGGUGCGGCGCUUGUGCCAGGAGCACGUAGCAGACUUCAGCGCAGAUGCAGAUGCUUGGGGCUUCCAGCUGCGCUUCAUGAACUCGAAGGGUGUUCCGGGACAAACUGAGGUUAACCCGGACACUCACUUCGUCCUCGGUGACAAAGGCUAUGUUUGUUUGCAGCCCAACGGCGAGUGGAGCAUAUCCCUCCGGGUAUUGCCAGAGACUGAUGAGGAGUUUCUCACAAGCAUGGAAGCGACAGACGGCAACGUGCAGAAGCUGAAGGAGUAUGUUCAGACCUACGCCAAGUUUGCGGCCGAUAACUUGCUAGAUGAGGAGGCCUAUCGCAAGUUCUACGACUGCAAAGCCUUUGAAGGCGUUGUCGUCAAGUGCUCCUCCUUGAAUCCAGCAGGCUGGAUCUGCCUCAUCGGGGAUGCAGCGCAUGCGGUGCAGCCAGCUACAGGCGAAGGCAUCAACAGCGGCUUGGAGGAUGCUGCGAUGCUGGGCCUCGCUGUGAAGGAGAACGCAGAGGAUGCAUUUGUGGCCUUUGACAAAAAGCAACGGCCAAAUGCGCACGCGCUUCAGAAACUGGCAUUGGAGGCUAAGAGCCGAGUGAACUUGCCUCCUCCCCGCGAGCAGGCCGUGAAUGUCAUGGUGAACAUUGGCCUUGCCAUAGCCAGGAAGCUCCGCAUCAUCGAAGGCACCAGGCAAGACUUCACUCUUGGAGUAAAAGCCCAGUGUGCUGCAGUCAGGUCCUAUGAUGAGCUUGUGCAGAUGGAUGAGCGGCAGAAGGGAAAGCUUCGACCACUUGCGAAUUUCCUGGCGAAAAUCUUCCGAAUUCCAAAAGAAAGGCGGGUGCAGACACAAUCGAAGAACUGA